AUGAUUGCAGGCUGCGCCACCUUUGCCCUGUCGGCCGUGAAGGCAGGGGGGCUUAUGAAGGUGCUGGUGGGGUUCGUGGGAGGCAGCACGAGCGGCUUCAGCGCGGUGGUGGGCGCGUACGUGAGCACGGUAACGGCCACGAUAGCGGUGUCGGCCAUCUGCGCGCUGCUGGCAAUAAUGAUGUACAGCGUGCGCGCAGACCAACGCCUGCGCCAGGACCUGCGCUACGGGGAUGGGGAGAGGAGCUUGGGCAUCUACAAGACCUACUACUGGCUCACUGUCUGCCUCUUCCUCCUCAUGUUUGUCAUGGCCGCCUGGUUCGUCUGCCUCGUGGCCGCCAACACAACAGCCUCAAUGAUGAUGGGGACGCUCAUCAACGGGUCGGACGCUGGCAUAGCGAUUAUCACCAGCGCGGUGGCGGCGGCCAAUGCAACGCUCAUCCGCGCGCAUCAGGCAGUGGACCAAGUUGAUGCCUUAGCCAACGAGUUUUCAGCGAGCCCUGUCGGCUCAAUCAUCGGGAAGCUGAAUGGCGGCAAUAAUCCACUCAACCCCUACGUCAACAGCAAUGUGAAUGCCUCAUCUGUGGCCGCGCAGCUGUUCCAGGGCGCCAGCGCUGCUGGGCAGCUCGCCAGUGGGAAUCAGGCGGAGCAGAGCACGGCUGCAAACUCGCUGCUGAGCACAGCCCAGACGCUGGCCAAGCAGCUGGCGCCUGCAACGCCGGUCCCCACCCCUCAGUCCAACUUCCUCAACCUGCCCAACAUCAACUUGCAGAACCUGCUGGGGGGCGGAUCCCCCGGAAACCAGCAGGGGCCUAAUCUGGCCGCCCUCAUCCCCGGCAACAACCAGGGCUCUGGCAGUGGAGGCGGGAAUCCGCCGCAGUCCCAGCAGCAGCCGCAGAGCAACAACAACAUCUUCAACAACUUCCUGCAGGCGCCAUCCUCCCCCGCUCCCCCGGCGCCGGGGUCGGUGGCGCAGGCGCCGACGACGCUGAGCACGUUGGCGGAGCAGGUGCUGUCCACGAUGAUGCCCAACGAGGAGUCCAUACUCCGCCUGGCCGGCAUCGCCACCGGCGGAUCCACCUCCGGCCGCGUUCCCUCCCAGGGCGAAGACCCAAGCUCAGGAGUUCUCUUUGGGUCGGGGUCGCAUGACAACAGCGUGUGCCCGUCGCUGGCGUGCCUGGACAUCAAGCUGUACAACUUCCUGAACAGCGAGGCAUGCAUCUGCACCACCCAGGACCUGCGCAGCAUCCGCGAACUCUCAACUGCCGCCCAGGGCCACCUCAACACCACCCUCAUCGGUCUGGUGCUGCUGUACAUAGGGGCGGCUGUGCUGGUGGCGCGCCUGUCCUCGGAGGCCACCAUGAUGUACUACGAGCGCCACAUCAUCUACGGCAAGCGCUUCGACAGGCGCGCUCCCCCAACCUACUCCCUGGAGACGCCGCCGCCUCCCUGCACAUUCUUAAGGAAAUAUGAUUAUACAAGUUAA